AAAAAUAUGAAUGCACAAUCAAAAGAGCGAAAUUACGUUUGGGUUAUGUGGAACCUCUAUCCUUCGGAAAAUAAUAAUAAUAAUAAUACAUCUCUUUUCUUUCGUUGUCUGCAAAGUGAUCGGUCACAGCGUUGAUGAACAUGGGAGUACUUUGAGAAGCCUGGCGAGAGACAUCGAAAGCGAUGACCAAAUGUGCGCUCUUGGACGAGAGCUCGGUUUUUCGGAGAGCGUCCUUGAUAGGUUUGCUGCCUCGAACAGGAAAGAAGGGAUGGUUACGUGUAAAGGGAAUACGGACAUGCUGUUUGAAUGGCGCCAAGAAGUGGUUCCUUCGGAGUUACCCUUUCGACUGAAGAAAGCGCUACGUCAAGCUGGCCUCGUUUUCCUUGCUGAGAAGCAUUUCCCCGACAUAUUGCAGCCCGAAGAGCCUAGCUUGGAUAUCCUUAGCGCAAAAACUACUGCAAUAGCCUACCUGCGGAAACAUCUGAUUGACUAUUACAAGAUCGAGACGUGUCAGAUCCAGAGAAAACCGUGGGAUCCGGAAGAUUUUGCUGAUUUGAAGAACCUGUUUACAAACGUUAUCGUGUACUUUGUAAACAAGAAUACAGGAGUGGGUAUGAGAGAGAUUCUUCCUGGGUCUAUCAGUGAUGUUUUUCGGGUGAGAGUCAAUGGACUUAUACCAAAUAGAAUCCUCUUAGUUGCAGAAGCGGGAAGGGGCAAAACAUGCGCCGUUGCAAAGAUGGCAUAUGACUGGUCAUACCAGGAAGAGAGCUCCCCACUCAGUGAUAUUCCUCUCUUCUUUGCUUUGAAGUUGAGAGUGGUUGAUGAAGACAUGUCUCUAGGAGAAGCCAUACUGUCCGAAACACUCGGGAACGUCCACGGAGUGACCCCAGAAUCUCUUGAAGGGUUCAUUGGUAGACACGAAGAUGAUUGUGGGCUUGCGCUGGACGGGUAUGAUGAGUACAAGGGCAAGUUGUCUACAAAGAACCCAAAGAGCAGUAUCAUAUUGGCUAUUGGAAACAAGCUUUACAGGCGAUGUCGCCUUAUCGUCACCAGUCGGCCUUAUCUAGAGAAGGAGUUCAAGGUUCCAGGACUGGCUAGGAUCUACACGAAAAUGGAGAUCGAGGGCUUUACACAAUCCCAAGCGACGUCCUUCAUGGAGAAAUACUUCACGUCGAAGUCAAAACCGGAAGAAGUUGGCAAAUUAACAGAGUUACUACACGGCAAUUCAUUUAUCGAUACCAUCAUCAGCAUACCACUCUUCUGCAUGAUGAUCUGUCACCUCUGGGAAGAAGGCCUUCUUAACCAAGUUUCUUCCAUGACAGGGUUGUUUGACACCAUCAUCCAGUUUCUACUCACUCAUUCAAGAUCCAGAGACGACACGUUUGAAUGUGACUAUCACGCCCUCCUUCAAAACCUCGGAAAAGUGGCACUCACUGGACUCUUGAAAGACGAGCAGAAGAUGGUCUUUGAAGAUACUGAUCUUCAAGGGGUCGAAGAGUACGAAGUCAUUGGUAUCAAACUGGGUCUGCUGUCAAAGAAGACAAUUCCAGUCAAAUACAUGAUAAACGGGAAAGCCUCGAAGACGUACGUCGAGUUCUUUCACAAAAUGGCACAGGAGUAUUGUGCAAGCAAGUUCUUGGCUGGUUCCCAGGGCGACCUCGACCAGUUCAUGAAGAAUAUACGUAGAAGUGCCACACCGCUCAUGUAUGCUGAUGUGCUCCGCUUCCUGGCUGGUUCGGGUGACAAUCUGCUGAUGUCUUCUAUUCAACUCAUCCUGGAACUUGAGGAGAGAGUAAUCAGCAAAGAUAUCAAGCACAGACUUCUUCUGGACUGCAUUGGUGAAGCCAGAGGUGACAUAUCAAAAUCAACGACUGACUAUCCAACUUUCUUUGACGAUGGCAAGCUGUGUCUGCAAUCAUUGCCAUCGAGUGCAGUCAUGGGAUUGGGUAGACUGCCGCCCAAUGUACAAAAACAGGUAAAUAAUAGUUUUAUCACGUCUGUGGAUCUCAUGUAUUGUCAUCUGCUGGCAAACCUGACACAAACCCUUUGGCUUGGUCUUCGAUCUUGUACCAAUUUGGAAGAGAUGAAGGUAUGGGAGUGCUCUCUACAAAAUACCGAAUUGCCCACGCUUCCUUUCAUCAAGCGCCUCAAAAUUGGGCACCUCGACUACUCCAAUGACCAUUACUCACUCAUUACUGCCGUUCCCAACGUCCAAAGCCUCAAAGUGGAGAGUAGUCCAAACUUCGACAAUCUUCAGCAGGUCCUGGACUCGGUCAUGGCAGGACUUGCGGAGUGCAAUGGUCAGCUACGCAGUCUCCAUGUGAGCGGAUGCAGCGGUCAGAUGUCGAUGUUAUGCGCCACAACGCUUAUCUGUAGCAUAGAGUCAGACGCACCCCUCUUGGAGAAGCUGGAAUUGUACGACGUCAAUCUGAAAUUGAAUAUUCUGAAGAUAUUCGUUUUCAGGCUGAGGCAGAUACCUAGCAUGAGGGAGAUCGAGUAG